AUGGCACAAAAUAUUGUUGUACAAGUUGGUCAAUGUGGUUCACAAAUUGGUUGUCGAUUUUGGGAUUUAGCUUUACGUGAACAUGCUUCACUUAUGUCAACUACAAAUUCAAAAAAAUGUAUUUAUGAUGCAUCAUUAAGUGCAUUUUUUCGUAAUGUUGAUUCAAAAAAUACUUCUCUAUCAUAUCCAUCUCCAAUACAUACACUUAAAGCACGAGCUGUACUUGUUGAUAUGGAAGAAGGUGUACUUCGUUCAAUACUUGCUAGUCCAUUAAGAGAUUUAUUUGAUGGUGAACAAUUUAUUCGUGAUGUUAGUGGAGCGGGAAAUAAUUGGGCAGUUGGUAAUCGUUUUUAUGGAGCAAAAUAUCGAGAUAUUUUAAGUGAAGAAAUUCGUCGACAAGCUGAACAAUGUGAUUCAUUACAAAGUUUUAUGCUUAUACAUUCCAUGGGUGGUGGUACAGGUAGUGGUCUUGGUACAUUUAUUUUAUCAUUAUUAGAUGAAAUAUAUCCAAAAGUAUGUCGUAUUGUAACACCAGUUUAUCCAUCAAAAGAUGAUGAUGUUAUAACAUCACCUUAUAAUUCUGUUCUUGCUACACGUGAAUUAACUGAACAUGCUGAUUGUGUUAUACCUGUUGAUAAUGAUUCACUUAUAGAUAUUGUAUCACGUUGUGAUAGUUCAACAAAAAUAAAAGAUGAUGGUCGUCGUCCAUUUGAUUCUAUGAAUACAAUUGUAGCUAAUUUAAUAUUAAAUUUAACAUCAUCAUCACGUUUUGAUGGUCCAUUAAAUGUUGAUUUAAGUGAAAUUCCAAUGAAUCUCGUACCUUAUCCACGUAUGCAUUAUUUAAUUAGUUCACAAGUCCCAGCACCAUUUAAAAUAACAACAAAUUCUUCCAUACCACGAAAUAUAAAUCAAAUAUUUCGUGAUGCACUUUCACCACAUUUUCAAACAUUACGUGUUCAACCAAAUAUAAAUGGUGUUUAUAUUGCUUGUGGUAUGAUUAUACGUAGUAAAACAAUUCAAAUGUCUGAUAUACGUCGUAAUAUUGAUUUACUUAAAUUAAAACAUAUGAAAUUUGUUAAAUGGAAUGAAGAUGGAUGGAAAAUUGGUUUAUGUACAGUACCACCAAAUGGUUUACCAUAUUCAUUAUUAACAUUAGCUAAUCAUACGUGUAUAAAAGAAACGUUUGUUGAAUUAAAAGAACGUUUUACAACACUCUAUCGUCGUAAAGCACAUGUACAUCAUUAUACAGAUCAUAUUGAAUUAAAUGAUUUUGAACAAGCAAGGGAAAAUCUUAAUCAAUUAAUUGAAGAAUACAAACAAAUUGAACAAACAAGUGGAUUAUUAGAUACAAAUGAGAAUGAAAAUUUAUCAUCGACAAAUAUUCCUCGUUUAAAUUUUGGUGAACAAUGUUUAAAUGAUCAAUGGCCACCAAAAGCAGAUCGUGUUGUACCAACACAUGUGGUUAAUUUAGAUUUACCAGCUACUGAACGCUGGAAAGAAAUUUCAACUAUAUAUAAAUCAGAAAUUAUUGAUUUAGUUGAUUAUAUUAAGAAAUUCGUUGUUGAAAUUUCACCAGAAUUACAAUUUUUAAUUAGUCUUGUUGAUACUAAACUGCCUGCUAUGGCUGAUACAUUACCAGCACCGUAUGGUGAUGAAAUGAAAGGUAUUAGUCAAGCAACUGGUGUACCAUUGGGUGAAAUUGUUUUGUAUAAUAUCUUCUAUGAAAUUUUUACAAUGUGUACAUCAAUUGUUGCACAAGAUAAAAAUGGUAAUGUUAUUCAUGGACGAAAUCUUGAUUUUGGACUAUUCUUAGGUUGGGAUAUGUUAAAUAAUACAUGGACAUUAUCAGAAAAAUUACGUCCAUUGAUUACUCAAGUAAAUUUUACACAAAAUGGUCAAGUUAUUUUUAAAACAACUAGCUUUGCUGGUUAUAUUGGUGUAAUAACAGGCAUGCGACCCGGUGUUUUUAGUAUUUCAAUGAAUGAACGUUAUGGUCUUAAAGGUGGUUAUAUUGGUUUAAUCGAAUGGAUCUUUAAUAUUAAUCGUAAACAAUCAUUUGUUACAUUCGCUAUGCGUGAUAUGUUAACAACAUCAGAAACUUAUGAUCAAGCAGUGAAAUAUUUAGCUGAAGUUAAACUUACAGCUCCAUGUUAUUAUAUUCUUGCCGGACCAAAACCAGGAGAUGGUGUUAUUGUAACACGUUCACGUAAUGGAUCAGAUGAUAUAAAACCAUUGGGUAAAGAUAACUUAUGGUUUUUAGUUGAAACAAAUUAUGAUAAUUGGAAAAAACCACCAUUUUAUGAUGAUCGUGUAACACCAUGUAUUAAAUGUAUGAAAACAAAAGGACAAAAUCAAGUUACAUUUGAAUCAUUAUUUAAUGUUUUUUCUUCACGACCAAUGCUCAAUAAAUUAACUGUAUAUACAGCAUUAAUGGAACCAGCAACUGGUAGAUUGGAAUCCUAUUGGCAAUAUUGUCGUGAUGAAGAUGCACCUUGUGUACCUUGGUAG